GAUAGCCCCUGGAAGCCGCGGGUUGGGGUGAGGGAGGAGAGAGAGGGAAAGCCCAGCCCGCGCGCUCGAGCGUCCGACCGACCGACCGACCGGGAGAGAAUGGCCAACGAGCUGGUGAUCCUCAAUGUGUACGACAUGUACUGGAUUAAUGAAUACACCUCAUCACUGGGAAUUGGGGUCUUCCACUCAGGCAUUGAAGUAUAUGGCAGAGAGUUUGCCUAUGGUGGCCAUCCUUAUCCAUUUUCAGGAAUAUUCGAGAUCAGUCCUGGAGAUUCAACAGAACUAGGAGACACAUUCAAAUUUAAGGAAGCAAUUGUGAUGGGUAGCACUGAUUUUACAGAGGAUGAUGUGGAGCGCAUUGUGGAGGAGCUUGGAAAGGAAUACAAGGGAAAUGCGUAUCACUUAAUGCACAAAAAUUGCAACCAUUUUUCUUCAGCUAUAUCUGAGAUCCUCUGUGGAAAAGAGAUACCUCGCUGGGUUAACCGGCUGGCUCACUUCAGUUCCUGUAUUCCAUUUCUCCAGAGUUGCUUGCCGAAAGAAUGGCUGACACCUGCGGCACUGCAGACCAGCGUAAGCCAGGAGCUGCAGGAUGAGCUCGGGGAGGGAGAAGAUGCAGCAGCUUCAACUUCUGCCUCAGCAUCGACCUCUAGGUCCACUUUGCCCACCUCAGGCCACCACACCAAAUUAUGAUCCUCCGCAGAGACUUGAGAUUGACUUUGUAGGACAUACAACUGACUUUUUUUUAAUUUAAAAAAGAAAUAAUUAUCACAAUCAUUAGAAACUGCUCCUGCAGGGUGCUGAACAUUCUAGAUCCUUAUUUCUCAUUUUUGAUUUUUUUAUUACUUCACCUGGCGUUUGUUUCAUGUUCAAAAUUAUGUUUUGUCGUUGAUAUUCCAUGUUCUUUCCUCCUUUCUAAAGGUUUGAAGGGGUCACUGUAAAGAACUGCUUUUGAAAACUAUAUAUAUAUAUAUAUAUAUAUAUAUACACACACACAUGUAUAUAUACAGUAUUUUGGAUAAUUGUUUACAAAGUCCAGUAACUGAGAUCAACUCUUAACAACCUGUUGUAACUGGUAAUUUUAUAUUUUUUUAAAGCACUCUAACUGUUGUAGACUGGUACAGUAAUGAAGUUCACUGGUGAUUACUCUACUCUAAAAACCUUAACUUCCCCCCUUCAUGUUAUUCUCCACCCCUCCUCGUCCCUUCAUGAUAAUACGCAGUUGACAGACUUUUACCAUAUUUAAUAACAUUUUCAGUUGUGUUUUUUCAAAGAAUGCUACAAAAUCAAUAUCUUGCAUGCUUCCAAAGCUGUACCAGUCUGCAACAUCUGAAGAUAAAAUGCUAUUAUUGUGCACAGACAGAGUACAAAACAUCAAAGUCGAGCAAUAAGACUUUCACCAGCAUUCUCAAUGAACAGGGCACUUGAGUUUGUAAUAAUGAACUAAUUAGCGUCUCUGUUCUUGAGGCUAAGAAUCAAAGACCUCUUCAGCUGCAUAGACCAGUAAGUGAAACAAACCCUAAUACUAAUUGGCAUACUGUUCAGGUUGCCUCAUUCUGCUAGUAUUGUACGUAGUCUGUUUAAAACUUUAGCGUCGAAAGUUGCUCCUCAAGGAAUUUUGAAACCUGUAGGAACUCCUGUCUAAUCUUUUCUAACUGACUUACAUUGUAGGAGGGAUUAGCACUUUAAAAUGUACACUUGGACUAUUGUGAAUCAUAAAUUGUGAGAUAAAAAUCUUCAGUCAUUUUCUAAUUAUGAAAUCCCUUUGACAAUAUUGGGAGUCUAUUAUGGAAGUUUUACUUCUCAGAAGUGAUUUACAGUAUUCUAAGGAAAUUAUGUUUCAAUCACAUGCUUAUCCACCCACCCUGGGGAUGAAUUAUGUAUCUGUCCCAGGCUUGUGCAAACCCUCAUUCCCUGUCUUUCUGUGUUCCUUUUCUUUUUUUGAAAAGAAAACCACUGUACAUUUCAGCAAUCCCUUAGCAGGUUGUCUUUGCGAUUGACACUCUGCGCUGUUGUGUGCCUUAGAGAGUUUGUAAAUGGGGUGUUACAGACUAUCCUAAACUUAUAAAAGGUGACUUAAAGGGACAUUGUGAUUCUGUGCUUGGCAAUCAGGUGUACAUGAAUCCUACUUGGGUACCAACCACCAUGCCAAACAAAUCUUUCUAGCCAGCCCAUAGAGUUCACUUGCAAAAACAGUUUAAUAUUUACUAAAACUGUUUGAUGUUAGAACACACUUGAUAAGAGUGUUACCACACUCAAGAAUGUACGGUUGGAUUGCAAGUUACAUGGCAAAGUUGUCAAAUAUAGAUCAAGAUUCCAAGGCCUUUUUCUUUAACAUCCUCUGAUGUUAACGGUGUGUCAUUGUAUAAUUCUGACAGAGACUGAUUCUGAUCCCUGAAUAAUUCUAAUUAUGCUUCACACAGGAGUUCUUGACAUCCCGCCAAGAGUUGUGUUGCUAUGCAAUAGUAUUCCUAACACUGCCUAACUUUUGUUGAGUAAUACAACUGCUGUCAAGAUCACUGGCUAUUGUUGCUUACCCGAGUACAGAGUUGAUUCCAGUCCAAUGACUAAAUCUCCCUAUCUCUGCUGCGUCUGUCGAAUGAGACGCAUUAACUGAGUGGCAGGCAGGGCAAAAUGGGAGAGUAAGUCAGCUUAUGUUUGGCUAAUAAACUUCCUACUGACUGGUUUGUUCGUGGUACACUUUGCCUACUGUCUCAGUGAUGGAGUGUUAUAUGGAGUGGAAGGGAAUGUUUUGGCAGUAUGUAUCAUAGGAGAAAGAUAAAUGAUAUGAGGCCAUUUUUUGGUUAAUUGUUACUAAGUAAAGGAGUUAGUAACUGCUUUACAACAGGUGUCAGUCCCUAAUGGGCUGCAUAUGUUUUUAACCCUUUGCAGACCAGUGGUAGCUUAGUGUACGCUCUAAUUGAACUGGGUACAAACCUUGGCACUGACACCACACACUUUAUAACUCUGAAUUUGAUGUCCAUUUUCCAUGAACUGCUAGAUCUUGAGCACAAUUCUGUUAACAUGCCUGUGCAGGUGACUUAUCCAAGUUAAUUAUGGGCUGCUGAGAGCCGGAGCUGUUUCAGACUCCCUUCCACUCUAGAACUCAAUGGUGGGUGAUAGACUGGUUUCAAAGCGGUGUCGAGAUGGGGAUCCUCCCACUUCUUCAUUGUGUUCCAUUGAUCUGUACAGUUAGUGGGUCAGCAAUGAUAUUUCAGGCCACUUUGAUUAGGGAGGGUUAGUGCCCUUGUGCCAUACCGGGAGUAAGCAAAACUUGAUACCUACCAGGUGAAUGGAUAGAACAAUUCAAGUGCACAUGCAUCACAAAUGCCAGGAAAAGUGGCCACCCUCUAAGUCUGAACAUUGAACCAUCCUUUAUGUUAAAGCGGUCCAAUUGGUUAAAGCUACCUGGCUAAAAACAUUCUUUUAGGAUUAUCUGUGUAGCAUGGCAAGAGUAGAAUUGGGUUUUGAAGAGGGGAGAAAAGUACAAUAUUAUGUGUUAAUUUGUACUCCGGACUGAAGGGGUUAACUACGUAUGCAUGAUGCUCCAAAUAUUGGUCCUGGCCUUUUGUAGCACUGCUUCACUGAGUGAGACCCACAGGCACAGUGUACCUCUGUAUCUUGAGUAAAAGUUGCUCUUGUUCACACACCACUGCCUCUUAGAUGGUACAAAAUAUGUUACGUACCCGAUUGCCAGGGUACUUCUGUGAGGUGCCUUUUUAAUUGUGACACAGGGACCUAUUGAUGAUCCAGGUCAAUUCAUCCAAAAUACCUCGUAACAUUUUCCACUCCAGUAGCUGUAUGUAAUAUUAAGUCAUGUUAUAUCUAAUUUAAGCAAAGGGUAGGCAAUUGUCCCUUUACUAUUCCUGACCUUGCAAACUUUGAAAGUAGUUCUUGUACUUUAUUUUUUUGAACAAAAUGUGAUGGCAGCAUUAAAAAAAAACUUGUUUGUUCUAAAA